AUGCCGGUGAGGCUGGCCCGUGGCCCGUGGGUUCUGGACUCCAGCCAGAGGGAUGGGCGGGCGCUGUGCCGCACUGAAGGCCGGAAGGAACAACUCUGUGGGGGACAGCGUUCCCACGGGGACGUGGGCAGCGGGCCUGCCAAAGGAGAUCUAAGGGCCCCCAAGCAAGGUUGGAGAGACCCCAUGUCGGCCUCUGUGACCGCAGCCAGCUUCCCCUCCUCCACCCCAUGCCCCUUCGCCCCCAAAUUUAGGGUGUUCCCAGUGUUGCUGGUCCCCAAAGAUCCCCACAAGAGUCCCCCAGGGGACCGAGCGGUUCGGUCCGGUCCGGUCCGGUCCGGUCCGGCUCGGUCCGGUCCGUCCCUGCUGGGCCCGGUCCCGUCCGGUCCGGUCCGGUUCGGUCCGGUUCUUCCCCGCGUGGUCCCCGGUGCCGGCUGUCCCCAACUCUCCGCCGCCGCCUGUGCCGCCGCCGCCGCCGGGGAGCCCACCCUCCCACACGCCCAAACCAACCCCGCGGCGGGGACACGCCCGCCCCCUGCUGGACGCCUCGGGAACAGCGGCCCCGCCCCGUCAGCACCCCCUGCUGGACGCCUCGGGAACAGCGGCCCCGCCCCAUCAGCACCCCCUGCUGGACGCCUCGGGAACAGCGGCCCCGCCCGCCCCGCACCCCCGCCCCGUCAGCACCCCCUGCUGGACGCCUCGGAAAGAAAGAGCGGCCCCGCGCCCCCUUCCCGUCGGCACCCCCUGCUGGACGCCUCGGGAAGAAAGAGCGCCCCCGCCCCGUCAGCACCCCCUGCUGGAUGCCUCGGGAAGAAAGAGCGGCCCCGCCCGCCCCGCGCCCCCGCCCCGUUAGCACCCCCUGCUGGAUGCCUCGGAAAGAGCGGCCCCGCCCGCCGCCAGCCCCGCGCCCCGUCAGCACCCCCUGUUGGAAGCCUCGGGAGGAUUGGUCCCGCCCGCCCCGCGCCCCCGGCCCGUCAGCACCCCCUGCUGGAUGUCUCGGGAAGAAAGAGCGGCCACGCCCCGCGCCCCCGCCCCGUAAGCACCCCCUGCUGGAUGCCUCGGGAAGAGCGGCCCCGCCCGGACAGCACCCCCGCCCCGUUAGCGCCCCCUGCUGGGUGCCUCGGGAAGAAAGAGCGGCCCCGCCCGCACCGCACCACCGCCCCGUCACCACCCCCUGCUGGAUGCCUCGGGAAGAGCGGCCCCGCCCUCACAACACCCCCGCCCCGUCAGCACCCCCUGCUGGACGCCUCGGAAAGAAGGAUUGGUCCCGCGCCCCCGCCCCUUCAGCACCCCCUGCUGGACGCCUCGGGAAGAAGGAGCGGCCCCGCGCCCCCGCCCCGUCAGCACCCCCUGGUGAACGCCUCGGGAAGAGCGGACCCGCCCGCCCGCCCCAAGCCCCCGCCCCGUCAGCACCCCCUGCUGGACGCCUCUGGAAGAGCGGCCCCGGCCCCUGCCCCCACCCCCUGCCGGACGCCUCAGAUAAAGCGGCCCCUGCCCCCGCUCCGUCAGCACCCCCUGCUGGACGCCUCAGGUAAAGCGUCCCCUGCCCCCGCCCCGUCAGCACCCCCUGCCGGACGCCUCGGGCAGAGCGGCCCCGCCCUCCCGUCCACCCGCCCUGUAUCAGGAGCUCGGGAAAACCCUGCAAGCAUCCUCGCGCUGCUGCUCAUGUCCCCGGAAAUCGGUUGCCCGCUCCCUGCUCUGGCCACCUCCAGGCUCUGUUGA